AUGGUCUUGGGGACAGAGGACAGUGUGAUGGUGGGGAUGACAGGAGACGGUGUGACGGUCUUCACUGGAGCGCGUGCUUUGGCAGUGCUCUUCUCUAGAGCAUCUCUUAUGGCAUUACUGUUGGGGACAGGAGACAGUGUGACACUGCUGAAGACAGGAGACGGUGUGACACUGCUCAAGACAGGAGACGGUGUGACACUGCUCAAGACGGGAGACGGUGUGACACUGCUCAAGACAGGAGACUGUGUGACACUGCUCAAGACAGGAGACGGUGUGACACUGCUGGGGACAGAAGACACUGUUACGGUGCUGGGGAGAGGAGACGGUGUGACGGUAGGGACAGGGGAUGGUGUGAUUGUGAAGUUCUUGGGGACAGGGGACAGCGUGGUAUCCAGCCUCAGGUUGGCAGGGCCAGCUCUUGAGUGAGGUCUGUAGGACGGGAGGACUGGCUUCUCCUCCGGAGCGUCUACCUCUAAAUCCUGCUUCAACUCAGCUUGCUGGGGAAACAGGAAAGAACAGUCAGUGUCUGAUUCAUUCGUACCAUUUGAUUUGCAUAUUCAGCAACAGUUCUUCUACCUGAAUCAAAUGUCUUUAGGUUACUGAGAGGUUUGACGGAAUGCUUUCAUAUACAGUAAGUGUUGGACAACAUCACACAAAAUAGAUUUAAUUGAGAAUCUCGGUCUCUCAGACCAAUCAUAUUUAAUAAUAGGGUGGGGUUGUGCAUUGGGACUUUGACAUGGGUUGGCAGAGACGUGCAGUGGUAUGUUUGGGAGGAGGCUUGUGUAAGGAUGCAUGAACGGAGUGAUAGAGAGUUUUCUCCUGUGGUUCGGCUUGGCUGCGUGCAGUAGGAGAAGAGAAGAGAGGAAAGGAGAUCUCCCCUGCGCAAACCUCAGGAGACAAUCCCACAAUCCCAUCCAUCUGUGACUGACACCCUCCCUGUCUCUGGCGUUUUAAUUCCCUGAUCAACCAUCUGCUCCAGAGGAGCCCAGAAACCCAACCAAGCUCCAGUGAUUCAGCUCCUCUUACACACACACACACACACACACACACACACACACACACACGACGAAACACCCUUCAUUCCACUUCACCCCACCCCAACCCAGUCCCAUUGCAGCAUGUGGUAGAGAGCGAUGACAUACAUACUGGGGGACUGCUACAGUUCAGCUGCUCCCCCAGAAAGACGGAGAGAGAGGUAUGAGGGGUGAGGCGGCCAGGAGCGGCUGGAACAGAGAGAGAGAGAGAGAGAGAGAGAGACAGCUGGGAGAAAGAGGAUCUGGAGAGAGCUGAGAGUGAAGGGACAGCUGGCCUAACCUCCGCACCCUGGAAUGAGGGAAAGAGAGAAAAAGAGAGGGUGAUAGGGAAAGAGAGAGAAAAAGGGUGUGGGUGUCCAGAAGAGUCACAGACGUGAUCAAGACAUAUUUAGGAGAGCUGUAGGGUGGAUUAGUGAGAUGCAAACCACACUUAGCCAGGAUAUUUGAACACGUUUUUCAAAUUCUAACCAUCUAUGUCUGUAUCAUAGCUAUUCGUGCUGAAACCUGCCCCUGCUAGCACCACUGAGAGAAUGACUCAUUUGUUGCUUUCUCAACCCCAUACCUAGGCCAGGAAUACUAUGAGACUAAUGUUGUGCUUUCCUGUCUUUGUUUAAAUUACACUUGAUUACAUGUAUUAAUAGUCGUUUUAUUCAGUAUUAAUACUGUUACAUUGCUGCAUACCUACCUUUAUCAAAGCAUAAACAAAACAAAUGUCCUCAUAGUGUACAUAACAAACCCUUAUGUACAGAACCCAAACUCACAAAUGUGUUCAUAUAGUACUUACUUUUUCCAGUGCUGCAGGUGGCUGCUGCUCACUCACUGACACCUGUGGGUUGAACACACAAACACAGGCAUUACUGGGUAACUAAUAACUCCUGAGCAGACAGACAAAGCACUGAUAUGUGCAGUAUAUAAACAUACCUGUAGAGGGGGCAAUGUCCUCACUUCCUCACUGUUCUCCUGUUGGAAUAGCAGGAACAUGUCAGCUGGUAUGACAGAUUUAAACACACUUGACUUUCUCUGACUGGAACCUGUUAUGGGUGUCCAACAAAUGUAUAAAGUAUUCCUACUUACAGUGUAAGCACACUGAAGACCGGCACAAGGCCUAUUUAGAUUCAUUUCUUUGUGCUUAUUCGGACUAUUCUAUAAACAUUUCUGAUGUUCUGUUUGCGGUACCCGCCGUGGGUGCCUGGGAUGGGCACUGGUAUGCUCUACAGGCGAAACAGAGUGUCCACCAUGGCCUGCGCUCACAAUGUGCAAAGGGUUGCCAUGCCAACGCUGCAAAUCUUCUCCCUCUUUUUAAGAUAGCGUGAAAACGGAGGUAACCUCUCCCAGCACACACACACACACACACACAAUACAUGUGACACAAGCACGCUUCUCAAUUUCAUGGUUUGGUUCAAAUUUCUAGGGUCAAACCAAAUAUGCAGGGUUUACUAUAACACAUAAUAAACAAUACAUAAUAAUCACUCCCCCUCCUACACACUUCAUUAAAAUACUUAAUUUACACAUAUAGAUUUACGCAAACACACAGGGGUGGCACAUACACACACACUAAGGACUCACCGCACAGGAGGUUGGUGGCACCUUAAAUCGGGGAGAACGGGCUCGUGGUAAUGACUGGAGCGGAAUAGUAUCAAAUACAUCACACACAUGGUUUCCAGGUGUUUGAUGCCAUUCCAUAUACUCCAUUCCGGCCAUUAUUAUGAGCCGUCCUCCCCUCAGCAGCCUCCGUUGACUCACAGAUAGCGGAAAACACACAUGCAAUAGGGAGGAGAUAAUGACAGGGCCUGUACAAAACAAAGUGGAAGACAGGAUGGAGAGAGGGAAGGGAGGGAUGGAGGAGGAUGUGGUUGAAAGAGAAGAGGGAGAGAGGUCUUUUGCGAGUGUUGGAGGUAACAAUGGGGAGGAGAAGAGAGGGGGAUGAGUGAGGGAAGAGUCAGGAGAGGGAGAGAUAGAAGGGGUGAUUUAUUUGGCUGCUGAGCGAUGACUCUCCCUCGUCUCACUGGCCCUCAGCUGUGUCCGAGAUUAAUGACAGCAACAGGAAGGUCACACACACACACACACACACACACACACACACACACACACACACUCUCACCUUUAAAUUGAGUUGUAUCCCUGGCUGUGUUUUGGGAAGCAGGUUCUCUCUCCCAGUUCUGAUAGAUUCUGAGGCUGUUCUGUUUAUCAGGUUGCUCUUUAGGGGGGUUGUCUGGUGUCUGCAGAUGGACAGACAGGACCAGACAGGAAAAUCAAAACAGGGAUAAUAGAAAAUGUCAAACACAAAAACCAACCACUCACUCAAUUUGAUACCACUAUCACAACUCCACAGAACUGCAGGUAAAAUCACUGCUGGUAUUGCGGAGGUGUCCGUACCGUGUGUUAUUGUGCAGGCUUGGUGGUGCUUUCCUCUCCACAGGCCCUGAGCAGAUGAGUUUAGAGUUCUUCAGCUCAUCCAUCUCUCCAAUCACCAUGACCGCAACAUCUCCAUCCCUGCCCAGCAACCAGCUCACAUUCUUACUGUUGGCUACAGGGGACACACAAACACACACUGGAGUUAUAUUAUUGGACGCAACAGAGAAAGAGACAUUCUUACCAAAUGAGCAAAACCAAGAUUUUUAAUAUUUAUGUUUCUGUGGUAAACAGACAAUGAUGGGCUCCAUAUAUGGACAGCAGUGGAACAGAUGGAAAAAGAAGAGAAAAGCCACCACAUCAUUGAAUAAUAUGACGUGACUACACUGAGUUAAGGCUGAGAAAUGUUCCUUCUUGGAGAAAAAAAAACAGCACACACACACACACACACACACCGGAUCAGUAGAGGAUCAGUAGAGGCACUUAUCCAGCCUACUUGCUUGUAAAUAUCCUUUGCUAUUCUGAUGUUGUUUUUAAAUAUGUAUGUAUUGUGAUUGCUACAAAACGAAUUGCCUCAUUGAGGACAUUCAACUUUUCUGAAUCGUGAGGGUUUGGGUUGAAAAGAAGGAGAGGCACUCCUCCAGAGCAGAUUACCAGCGAACUGGUUCUGCCAGCCUGUCCUGCGGCAAAUACAGGGCAUUCCACCGGGGAAAACCACGAUGACAUGCCCUGGACUCAGCCCAGGCAAGUCAAAACAUACUAGCUAGGCAAACACACCGUAGGCAAACAGACAAUUCUCUCAACAUGCAAGACACUAACUAGAGCUGACAAUGUGGGACUUGGGAUGUGUGACUUCACACUUGUCAAAUUGGCGCUCUGGACUCUCGGAACCCUGUCCCAAUACUCCUUCAUGCCUUGACUCACAUCCCACCCCCUCUGUUCUGAGACCCUCAUAAACCCCGGGCCGAAGUCAUGUUCCCCUCCAGUUUGUAACGCAAACAGUGCCAUUUCUGAUUUAGUACGUACUAUAUUCCUGAAAUCUGCAUAUCUGUGGAGCGUUCAGGGAUAGGUUGGACUAGUUACUGUGGCAAUAAGACGCCCCGCCCUGCACUUCAGUCUAUCAUCUGCCACUAGCAAACGUCACCAGUCUGCCACGUUCUGUGCUCAAAGCUCAGACACAAACCAAAAAUGGACCUAACCACAUACAGGAACACAUACAAUGGGUACUUACACGCCAAGACGUAGUGCAAAACUGUCAUACACAGCACUAGUCAUGUAGCCUAAAUGCUACAUAUUAUACAGAUGUACACAUACUACAUGUACACGCUACACUAUGUAGUUACACAAACAUUCAACACAUUAACUACAGUAUAUACACCCCAAACUAAAUGACAUAAACAUAACUGAACAGAAGAAAAACACAAAACCUUUUCUACCGUGUGCACUAAGACAUGGUCAAAGCCAUUUCAUUGAGCUGUCUCUUUUUGUUCUCCACCAUGUCCUGCGCGCUUCCUGCUUUGUUCGCAGUUCAUAUUUGGAAGGAAUGGGCCAGUGGGCCUGGAGUCACUUCCUGCUUUGCACAGACACCUGGGUCCUGUGCUUGUAACAGACCACCAUUUCCUCUGCUUCACAUCAAGAACCACCAAACUAGGUCUGCAACAGUCUCCAAACACUUCAUGUUUCAACGUGAACUGUGACUAUGAGAUGUGCUAUAAAAGGGUCUCUAACCCUAUAGUCCAGUGUGGUGUGUGUAACACUGCAGUGUGUAUUGGGGUGUGUGUGUAACACUGCAGUGUCUAUCGGGGGGCCAUUGACUUGUAGGAACAGCUGCCCUGGUCGUUAGCAGAGAGAGGCCACUGUUCUCCCUCCUCCCUGUCUGACAUUCAGUUGGUUGAUAAUCAGUGCUUUGUUGUCAACGGCAGCCAAGAAAAGACUUCCUCCUGAUCUGACACACACGUCAGGCAGAAUCAAUGCACAAACUGACAUGUGCUACAGUGACCUACAGCCAGCCAUCACAGAGACUCGUUUUCAUCCACUGUUGCAAAUCUCUCUCGACCAAACUUCUCAAUUAGAAGCUCUGGGGUUUGUCUUGUGAUCUCAGAUUCUUUCAGUGGAAUGCCAAGGGAAAGUACAUUGUGAACCAAGUCAUUACGACACAGAUUUCUCAUACAGGGACUGGCGACCAACAGAAAGAAAAUGCAGACAGGCAAGAUUCUGCAGUACACCAAACCAGUUUCAGGAUAGAAUUACAGCCUGCAUUUUCUCUGUUUGUAGUUAUGUAUGUAAUGAGCCUUCUACUCUAGCUGAUAUACACAAUACAAGAAAACAUGAUCCCCUCUCUAACAUACAGUAGAAGAUAUACUCUGUGAAACUGCCACUAGUUCUGUCUAUCGCAUGUUCCUAUUUGAAUCUGUUAUCUGUUUUUCCGACACACGCACACACAUUCCAGACACCUCUCCCUCGCACACACUAGUCCUUCACUGGGGACAAGAUGAUCUAAAGCAGGGCAUUGUACACACACACACGCACGGAAAAGCAGCCAGACAUAUUAUGAUUAGACAUUCUUUUCUAUUGUUGUUGAGUGCAUCAGAUUCAGUAUGACGCCUGUUUGUUGUGUGUGUCUAGUGGGUGGACAGCUUCGUCUCAGAUGGGCUGUGUUCACUGAUAAUGCCCCUUUAAAAACGAUUGAUUAGUGAACCAACAAUUCAAUCAACUAAGGGUGAAUCAGCUGUAAGUAUGUAAUUUCCUCAAAUGAGAUAGCAGUGUCACAUCCUGAUCUGGCAGUAGGCCUACUCUCCCAGACAUAGUUGUUAUUGGAAGUGACUAGAAACCCGAGUUGAAGACCUAUUUCUCUCACCCCAGUGAUGCUACAUGAGGCCGGCUACUUCCACAUACCCUCCAGUGUUCCUAUUGUGAUGGUAAAUGGUACAACUGGUGAGAAACUGCAGGUAGUGAUUUAACAGAAGACUUUUCAGCCAUUACCUCCUCUCAGGCUGGCUGACACUCAUAAUAUAAACAGAUAAUGCCAUCUCAUUGAAACAAAGUGCAUAACCUACUUGCAGGCAGACACAGACCCACAUACAGAGGGCCUGCCAACAUGCAGCAGUUGAUACUGAAACAUUGGCAGUAGCCUCAAGCACCUCACAGGAUGUUUCUCAGAGGUAAGCCACAUGCUUGCAGCUCAACUUCACAAGGCAGCUCCAUAUUAGUUAAUCCACAGCAACAACAAAAAAAACACACCAACAUAUCUGUGACUUGCCUGAUGUAUCUGGCUUUAGGAAGACCAGAUGGGUAGGUUUCAAUGAAACGUGUUUGUAGGCUUAUUUCAUAAGCAGGUAAUUAUACUUUUUUGCACAAAUGUUACACAGCCUCCUGUCACACAGGAAGAUGUAGCAGGAGAGGUAAGGAGGGGUGAGGUUAGUACCUGUACUUGGCUUUGGUCUGCGUUCUUCUUUCUCCUCACGUUCCUUCCAACGCCGCACCUGCUCCUGUCUCAUCUUCAGGAACAAGGUCUUCUUCUGGUCCUCGUUCAGGGCCUCCAGCACAUCAGGGUCGAUGUACAUGUCCUUUAGUAUCUGCUGCAGCAUGGUGGUGGUGGGCUGGAGGUGGAGGGGUAAGGAGAUAUGAGCUGUUCCAGCAGGUCGCCCAGUCUAGCAGGGCGUGGAUGGGUACUGUCCUGACUCUUUGGGUCCACAGUUUUCUGAAGAUGUGUUGGUUUCUAAACAAGCUUCAUGAGGCGAAGAAGAAGAAGAUCGAGGCUCCUCUGUCACAUACACCAGCUGUAGACAGCUUCCUCUGACGUCCUCGGCACUGACACUCCCUCCACACACACACACACACACACACACACACACACACCCGUCCUCAUCAGGCAGCCAUGGCUGGGUGAAUCUGCAUCAGGGAAAAUGACACAUCACAACCUCUGUCUGCACUGUAGAUGAUUGGCACUCCCUACUGUAUGCUAAUCCUGCUGCUGUUAAGUGCUCCUAGCCACUUGUUCUUCCUUGUCUUUAGAUGUAUUUUCUUACUUUUCCCUUUGUCUCUUCUCCUCUUAAGAUGUAACUGCUUAUUGCCUUCUUUUUAAAUUCAUAGUAAUCUCAGCAAUCUCCUUUCCCUCCUUCGGGAGAGUGAAAGAGUUCAAACUGGUUUCCUCACUCAAGCCAUGUCAGGGCUCUGAGAGUCUGUCUGGCCCUGGAUGGGAGGAGAUUCCAAAGGAAUGGGGCAUUUUUUCUGCCGUCAGUAACCCCCCCCCCCCCCCCACACACAUCCCUUUCCAACCGCCCUUCUUUUUUUUUGUUUUACUCCCAUGAGACGGCUGCUCCAUUUUAACAUGGUCGUUGUUGUGCCGUAACCGAACUACAGGGUCAUAUCCCAGGACAGCAUGAGUAGAAUGCUUCUCUAGCAGAGGGGCUGAAAGGACUUCACUAGGCAUGGUGGUAAUAUUAACAAUGGAAACAGCACAAUCAACACAUGGUGGGAGACAAAGGUAGCCUGAGACUGAGAACAGAUUGGUUUAAACUCAACAUUUAGUGGAAAAGAAUACAAAAGAAGAGGAGAAGCGAGUGAGUCAGUGAUAGAGAAUUCAGCAGAAUGUGUGAGAGAAAGGAUGUGUUGUUUAAGGAGGAUGUACUCACAGUGGGGUUCAGACGCUCCACGGCAGAGUAACUACUCGGGAGAGUGAGUGUGCUUGUGUGUCCUCCUCCUUGCCUUUGUGUAUGACUGAGCUGAUGACAUCACAGCAUUCCAUGAACUGUCUCUCACUCUAUCUCCUGCUCUGUAAGACACACACACACACACAAAAUAAUUAUAUUGGUGGGGGGGGGGGAAACUGUCAGGAAACAGAGCUCAGCCAACCUAGCUGUAAAAGAAGUAACAGCAUCCUGUUGAACAGAGAGAGAGAGAGAUCAAAACCAGCUGCUGUUAGAAAACCAUGUUUCUAUUGCCUGGAUUGUGCAAUUGGAUUGCAAUUCUAAAAAUGUUGUUUAUCUAACAAUCCAAUUGCACAUUGUGAUUUUACUUGUCACAUUUCUCCUCUGCAAACUGGCUCCUCUUCUCCUCUUUUCCAAAAGCUCUACCACUCCACCUCCCCUAACUCCAUAGCUCCUCCCCCUGUAGAACUCUAGUCCUCUUCAUCCCGUAUAAACUCUCUAUCGCUUUCUCAAAACCAAGCUAACCAACGAAAAACACUAACAUAUAGAAAAAGAUAAGUCUACAAUUGUCUUCAGAGAUGCAAAUAUCUAUCUUACACAAUGCCCCACUUCCAAGUUUCAAAUUCAAGUGAAUAGCACUCUCUGGUGGUCAAACACUUUGGCUUGUAAAUUAAGCAUUUUUUUUCUACCAAAACGUCUUAAUCCGUAGCUGCAAUUGGUCUCAUCAGAUGAGUAAAAUUAUAUGGAUAGGUUUAAGGUAAAAAUUAUUCGAUUUCGAAAACAAUUAUGAUACAUUUAAAUACAAACAAUGGACAAUACCCCUCCCCCCCAAAAAAAAUUAAUAAAAAAUAAAAUAAAUAAAUAAAACUAUGGACAAUUGUCCAGUAGGCUUAAAGUCUACUGUACGCAGUAAAGCAUUCCUGCUUUGAUGGAAAACUGAUAGUAAGACCUGUUGUUUCCCAUAUACUGAAGUCAUUGGUCGCGUUACCCUUCUCAGACGUUGCACACAUCAAACAAUGGUUGCGGACUGCGUCAGCGACUGACUAACGGCUGAAACUAGAUCCCCUACAUACUGGUUUUGACGAGAAUAAAAAAAAAUCCAGUAAAUGUGGAGGAGGAGUUAAAAUGGAGCUUCGCCUUGUAAAAGUCCAAAAGCGGAAGUCUGUCACAGGCUCUCUUAACAUUUGCCCUGAAAACCGGACCAUCUGGUUGUUGGGGACUUGGCAGAGGCUAUCGACCGACAGAUUGCUAUAACGUGUGAUUAGCUGAUACGUAAAAUACCUAUCCAGGCGUUGUAAGAUCUGGCAGGCACCAGCCUGGGCAGAGGAAGGCGCCCAGUGUCUUUCUGGAAGCAUCACUCCUCAAAGUCCAUCACAUCACAACAUAUUGCUUUAACCAAUUGCACCAUCUGCUGGUUGUAGCCUAUUUGAAACGACUACAGGGAUGAUGGUUUUCAGGACGUCAAAAUCAGAUUAGAGCUUGUUUAAAAUGUAAAUGUUUUCAGGAUCCCGGUUUAAUGCAACCACUCACGCCGCCAUCUUGUCCCGCCCCUCAAUGGUUUCCAGGUGUAGUUUGAUGAUGAGGAUGCUAACUUCUGCCUUGUUCAAGACAACUGGGAACUUGGAAAUCUCUGAGAUCUGACUUCAGUGCGUUCAAGACAACUGGGAACUAGGGAAAAAACGAGCCCUGACUGGGAAAAAUAGUUUUGAAUGGUCAUCCAACUCGGAAUUCCAAGUCGUAAACUGGGGGAUCAAUCUGUGCCACCUUCACAUCAUGUCAGGGUGAUCGGAGGAAAGAUUUGUUAACUUCGGAGGAACUACUUGGAGCAUUCAUGUCCUCAGAAGGAACGCAAGAACCAUUCUCACCAUUGACAGACGAAACCGCGGCCAUGUUUGUGGCCAUUUUCAGUGGUGUGUGACGUCAGAGUUCAGCAUGUGGGAAAUAUCUGAGUAGCGGAAUCCCCCCCCCCGGGGGGGGGGGCCCAUGCGCCUGUCAUCUCACACCUAGCCUAUGUUAAUCAUUUUUUUUAAAUGGACAGUAACCUUCCUUUUUAAUUUCCACGUGUAGCAAGCGAAGUGUUUGUUGUCCAAUCUACAUGGUAGUAGAUCAGUAAGACAGACAAUAUUUCUCAGCGGCGUCGGCGGAAGCCCUCUUAGGCCUCCUCACCUAAUUGUCUAUUAAGUUAAAAAAAAAAGUUUGGUUAAUCAGGUAGGACUCGGCUGGAGAGUGCGUGCGUUGUUCAAGAUGGAUAAAAAAAAAAGGCAAGACCAAGUGCUGCACAACAACGCCGCAAAAAUCGGAUAAAUCUUGUGCCAAAUUACCGAAGAUAACCACAUCAGCAAAGCUACCACCUCCUUCGACUAACGAAACACCAUGGCAGGUGGAAGCGAGCAGGCCUACUUAUGCAGCAACUAGUACUAGCAGCCUCCCAGUCCCGACAGAGACCUCACUUCCUGGGCCCGGCAAUGACAGUGGCCUUACUCCUCUUCAACCUCCCCUCCAGAACAGUGACAGUUCCUCUAGUGAGAGUGCCGGCCCUCCUUCUCCUCCUCAUCUCCCAGAAAACCAAGCUGAUGACUGCCAGAGACCCAGUGGCGCUCAUGAGAUCGACCCCCUUUUGUGA